AGUCAUUCACGCGGCUAGCCUCGUCGGCUAAGAAAACGCUGUUUUUAAAGGGAAACCAAGGUUGUUGAGGUCUGUGGUGGGCAAAGCACGUUGAAGGUUGCUGCUGGCUGCAGGGCCCUGUGGAGCAGAAUAGCUGUGCCAUUCCCCCUUUUUUCCUCUCAUGUCCCCCCCUGUGUGUUUCCCUGUGUGUUAGUGACCCCGCACCCCACCCACCCCCCUCCUGAUCCCUCCCGUGUUGCCACUCCAGCCCGAAGCCCCCCUCUCACCCCAUGCUUGGAACAAAGCCAGCUCACUGCCAGCCCAAUGACUGCCUGGAUCGUCCUGCCUGUCAGCCUGUCUGCCUUCUCCAUCACAGGAAUAUGGAUAGUGUAUGCCAUGGCUGUGAUGAAUCACCAUGUUUGUCCUGUGGAGAACUGGUCUUACAAUGUAACAUGCACAGAGGAGCUGGCCCGACCAGGCUUUCCAAAGACAUGCUGCACCAUCCAGGACAUCCCCCUCAUCAGUAAAUGUGGCUCCUUCCCUCCUGAGAGCUGCCUGUUCAGCUUGAUCGGAAACAUUGGAGCCUUCAUGGUGGUGAUGGUGUGUUUUCUGCGCUACGCCCAGGUGAUCGAACACAGCCACCAAUGUUGGAUCAACACCAGCGCUCUCGUGUCCGGCUGCACCAACGCCGUGGGUCUGGUCAUGGUGGGCAACUUCCAGGUGGAUCACGCCAAAUCUCUGCACUAUGUGGGUGCCGGGGUGGCGUUUCCAGCCGGGCUGCUGUUUGUGUGCCUGCAGUGUGUGCUCACCUACCGGGUCGCUGUGACCGCCCUCGACUACUGGAUGGCCCAUUUCAGAGUGGCUCUGGCGCUGGGAGCCAUGGUCUCCCUCGUCCUCAGCGGCAUCUUCUUCGUCCACGAGAGCUUCAUCCUGCAGCACGCUGCGGCCAUCUGCGAGUGGGUCUUCACGGUGGACAUCCUGGUCUUCUACGGCACCUUCACCUACGAGUUUGGCACAGUCACCAGCGAGACCAUGAUGGCAGCCCUGCAGCACUGUCUCCACCACGGCUCGGGGGUUAUCAUGGGCCCCAGAGGCCGGGGCUCGACACUGGGUGGGGCAACUAAGGGCCUGAAGUCCCCCGGGGGAAGCAGCACAUCCACACAUCUCAACUGUACGCCGGAGAGCAUAGCUAUGUUGUAGCUCUGCAUUGCUGAAACGUCGCUGCAGAGGUGCCUCAUGGACUCCCACAGAAAGACAGAGGCAGCAUGUGGAGGAAGAUCUUUAAACAUUGAGCCAACACCAGGUGAUCCCAUCUGUAAUGCUGUACUAUCUUUUUAUUGUUUUUCCAAUGUUGGUGCGAGCCACUACAGUCACAUGUCCUGUUGGAUGUAUGUGUGGAGCCAUGAAUGUUUUCCAAGAUGGCUGUUGAUUUGGGCAAUUCUUCACAGGAUCGGUUGUCUCCUGAACGGCACCGUUUCUUUUUCUAUCUGUGCAUCACUGAUGUGCCCACAAAGUUUCUCUCACUCGAUCAUGAACCACCCAAUGCUUUGCGCGCUCCACCUGUUUUGGCCUUUUGCUUAUCUCUGCACGGCACACUUUCUGAAUGAGAGAAUAACAAUUUUAUGUUCAAGUUUUGAAUUUGCGUAGUAAGUUUUAAAAUAAAUUAAAAAAAAACCUGUAAAUGUAUUGUUUGAGAAUAGUUAACGGUUAUGUAUGUUUUACAGGCUGUACGCCUGAGGCCUUUUUAUCAAUCAACUCAAUGACGUGAAAUGAUUUGGCAAAAAUCAUUACUUUCACGCGACAGUUGUUUUUGGUUGCUCAAAUGAUUUUGAAUGAAAAUGUUUUUUAUUUUAUUUUCCAAACGAUGUAUAUGUUCGUUGAGUCACUAUCCUUCUUGAGAGCGCAGGACGACUGCGUUAACAAGUCGUCUCCCUCGAUGUCAUUCCGCUAUCGUCCCACAUCUGAAGAUUUCGUUGUAACAUUUCAUGCUACCUUUUUGUUUUUAUUCCAUUGACUGUCAUGUCCAGUGCAAUAAUUGUCAUCAAUCAUUUCCGCUCCGCUGGAGUGAAAAAUGCCUUUUUCAGUGUGUUGGAAUUGAAUACGGGGCUUUUUAUUUUUAAAUGACACUAAGACAUUUGAAGUGACCUACGUGUUAUAGUAAAACAAUGUGUGAUGGUUACCCUAUAAUCCCACUAACACAUCUACAGAUUAAUGUAGUUCUUGCUCACACACUGAUUUGAUUCCAGGCUGGACCCUUGGAAGCCUUAUUUGACUUGAGAAUUUUCAGUUUUAAAUAUGGAGCGAUGUCGAGCCUUCUCGGUAGUUUUAGGGGAAGUUUUGUUCACCGGCGUUAACCGAGAGGUGAACAUGAUGCUUGUAGAUCUUGUGCCGUUACAAUGGUGUCAACAGUGUUACAGACAGACGAUGAUACCGUACAGGUUGUAGACUGAAGAACACUUUUCUUUUUAUGAUUUCCUGUUGCCAAUUUCUCUUCAAGUGAUAUUUACAUUUGUGAAUUAGCUGAACACCAGACUGCCACAAACUAAAGCUGACUAAUGCCACCCGAUGGAGGUUACCCUCAGAGCGAGGAGUACGUUUCAUAAUAACACAGUAUUCUGCCCUCUGCGUAGUGUUGAUUCAUUUGUAACUGUCUAACAUCUGGAUGCCAGCAAUACAUGUUUUUAAAAAAAAGGUCACAUCACCUACCUCUUAUCUUUUGUGGGUUUGAUGUUGUGGCAACAGCUAGACAUCCAACAUGUUUUCCAUCUCACUCUUACGGUUUGAGGUUGAGAAAAGUAUUUAAAAUGAUGGUGGCUCAGCAGUCCAAAGUUUCCGCACUUGACGGGACGGUGGAUCUGCUGUUACACGAGCUGCGUAAUCAUGUGUCAGGUCAGUUUUCUUUACUGUAUGUGCAACUUAUUUAUCUCGCCAUUCUUUCUGGGACCGCAGCAAUCAUGUCUUCUGCAAAUCUUGCCAAAAACAGACUGGAAUCCUCUGGAGCUUUGAUGGAUUUUCUGUGUGUCAGCAGUAGGUGUAUGAAUUGGUAUGCACUGGUUUAGCCUUAUCCCUCGUACUGUGCCAGGGGAACAUAUUUUCUUUCUUAUCUUGUGUUCAGCUGUAGCCUAUUUCACCAAACUGUAACUAAGUCACUCGAUGUGACUACAAAUGGCAGCUUGUAUGAGCCCUCGCAUCAGGGUUGGCUUUAUUCUGUAACAUCGAUUCCAUAAUACCAUCUCAAGGUGGAUUUUACCUUUUUCUGUCAAAAGUACACAUAAGCUGUCAUAUGGUGUCGUUGUUGGAGGGAGAAUCCUAUAUUACGAGAGGCUGCCUGACCUGUACACGUCCUGAACUCUUGCAGCAGCAACACAGAAACAAUGUCUAUAAAAUGUAUUAGUAAUAUUUCCUCGAUUUUUGAAAAGAAAUAUUUAAAAGAAUGGUAACUGAGUCAGAAAUCCCCCAAAAACAAGUAAACACAGAUUAUUUUGUUUCCUUUUAUAAAUUCUGUAAAUAUGUAUGAUUUGUUUAUCAUUUAGGUAUUUUCAUUUGACAGAGAUUUAUAUUCAAAUAUGAAAUAAAAAUGAUAAAUUAUUA